GACUCCACUGGAUCAGCUCGCUCUCAUCAUCAGAACCUGUACAUCUGAGCCUUAACCCUUUGCAUUUAUGUGCACACCUGUGUGAACUUUUUAUUAUUAUUGGUAUUACUGUCCAGAGCAUCAGUCCAAGCAGCACAGCGCGGCUCCAGCUCCAGUCAGCCCCGCUCCCUCCACGUCGUCUCAAAUGACUGGCCAACCGGCGCUGCUGGAGAGGCUGUUGCUAUAGUAACAGAGGCACUCAGAGCAGACGGAGGGGAAGUUGCGUCAAGCCACUAAGAGAUAACUGGAGUUUUGUCGGAAAUUAGACACUUUCCCUUCAAAACAAAACAAUACACAAACAAAUAUCACAUAAAAGAAACGCAAUUUCUCUUAAUCAGGAAGAGGAUGGAAUUUGCACCUGGCCCCACUCAGGACGGGGUGAGGCCGACAGAGGACGGGCAGGGGGAAGAGGAGGACUGAGAGAGACGUCCCGGGAGCGAGAGGAGGACAGAGGAGAGACAGACAGAGGAGGACAGAGGAGAGACAGACAGAGGAGGAGAGACAGAGGAGGAGAGGGAGCGAGCAGCAGGGAUGUCGGAGAGGAUCGCGUCGUGCGGCAGCCUGUGUGACAGCACCAACCUGCUGCUACAGUACUGCAACAAUGAUGACACGGUGUCGGCGGGCAGCAACCUGGACAUGGAGGACCGGGUUUCGCAGCUGGAGCAGCGGCUGCAGCUCCAGGAGGAUGAGAUCCAGCUGCUGAAGGCGGCUCUGGCCGACGCCCUGCGCCGGCUGGGCUGCUGUGAGGAGCAGAGCCUCGGGAUGCCGACAGGAGGGAUCCACAACACUGGGAGGAGGCCGCUGGCCACCGCCGCUCCAACACCGCCCACCAAAGUGCGUCAGCUGCUCCAGGCUCUUCCCUCCAGACCCCUCAGUAACGGUUAUGUCCAACAUAAACGCCUCCUCUCCUCGCCUUCAUCUCCAAAGAAAGAGGUGCUGCAGUCCAUUAAGAGGAAGAGUAUGUCCACAGAGCGCCUCACCCUGGUGAAGAUGGGAGCAGAGAGCCGCAGUCGAACCACCUCGUCCAGCAGCUCCUCCUGCGGCAAGAGCAAAUCCAAAGAAUGCACCCUCAAUGCAGAGGACGGCUACGUGAGGAUGUUUCUUCGAGGGCGUCCCGUCACCAUGCACAUCCCGGACGAGCAGAGGGAGAGCUACAGCCUGGACCACAAGGCGGCGCUGCCUGACCGCAAGCUCAAACUGCAGUGGGUGUACGGCUACCGCGGGCGUGACUGUCGCUCCAACCUCUACCUGCUGCCCACGGGAGAGAUCGUCUACUUCAACGCCUCGGUGGUGGUGCUGUACAACACCGAGGAGCAGCAGCAGAGGCACUACCUGGGCCACAACGACGAUGUCAAAUGCUUGAGUGUGCAUCCUGACAUGGUUACCAUAGCAACGGGACAAGUGGCUGGGACCUCUAAAGAUGGGAAGCUGCUGGCCCCUCACGUUCGUGUCUGGGACUCUGUGAGCCUCAACACCCUCCAUGUGAUCGGGAUGGGCGUGUUCGACAGGGCCGUCACCUGCGUGUCCUUCUCCAAGUCGAACGGCGGCGCCUUCCUCUGCGCUGUGGACGACGCCAACGAUCACAUCCUGUCGGUCUGGAACUGGCAGAAGGAGAAGCAGCUGGCUGACGUCAAGUGCUCCAAUGACUCCGUGCUGGGAGCCGUGUUUCAUCCCAUGGACGCCAACCUGAUCGUCACCUGUGGAAAAUCUCACAUCAACUUCUGGACCAUGGAGGGCAACACACUCACCAAGAGGCAGGGCCUGUUCGAGAAACAUGAAAAGCCGAAGUACGUGUUGUGUGUGGCGUUUGCUGAAAACGGAGACGCCAUCACAGGAGACUCCAGCGGAAACAUCUACGUCUGGGCCAAAGGUGGAAACCGCAUCAGCCAGGUGGUGUCUGGGGCCCACGAGGGCGGCAUCUUCUCCGUGUGUGUGCUGAAGGACGGCACCGUGGUGUCCGGAGGAGGGAAGGACCGCAAGGUGGUGCUGUGGGACCGAGACUACAGCAAGCAGUCUGAGAUGGAGGUGGGCGAGGCGUUCGGUCCUGUUCGCGCUCUGGCUGAAGGCAAACCAGGAGAGCUGUUCAUCGGAACCACCAAGAACGCCAUCAUCAGAGCUGCCUUCCCCGAUACACUCACCCCUAUCGUACAGGGCCACACAGACGAACUGUGGGGUCUGGACGUCCAUCCCACCAUGGAGCAGUUUGUCACCUGCUCCCAGGACAGGCAGGUCCACCUCUGGGACACCAACUCCCAUCAGCCCCUCUGGAGCAAGACCAUCGAGGAUCCGGCGAGGUCUGCAGGUUUCCAUCCCAGUGGGGCUGUUCUGGCGGUGGGAACCAUGACUGGCAGGUGGUUGGUGCUGGACACUGACACCAGGGACCUUGUUUCUAUGCACACAGACGGCAAUGAGAUCAUUUCCAACAUCAAGUACUCCCCAGAUGGCAACUUCCUGGCUGUCGGUUCCCAUGACAACUUUGUUUACAUCUACGCUGUGACAGAGAACGGCAGGAAGUACAGCCGUGUGGGGAAGUGCACUGGCCACUCCAGCUUUGUGACCCACCUCGACUGGUCGACGGACAGCCAGUAUCUCGUCACCAACUCAGGAGACUACGAGAUCCUCUUCUGGGAGGCAUCCAGUGGUAAACAUGUGACCAGCAUGGACACGGUGCGUAACCUGGAGUGGGCCACCUCCACCUGCCCUCUGGCCUUCAGCACCUUCGGAGUGUGGCCAGACGGGGCGGACGGGACGGACAUCAACGCCGUGUGCAGGUCACAUGACGGCUCCCUGCUGGCCUCUGCCGAUGACUUUGGCAAAGUGCACUUGUUCUCCUUCCCCUGCUCUCAACCAAGGGCUCCGAGCCACAUGUACGGCGGCCACAGCAGCCACGUGACCAACAUUGCCUUCCUGCACGACGACAGUCACCUGAUCUCCACCGGCGGGAAAGACACCAGCGUCCUGCAGUGGGUGUUCGCCUAGGCCGCAGCAGCGUCUCUGCCGCUGCUCAUCGCCACGGAAACGGCGUCCCCCCCCUCCCUUUAACACUGUCACCCCAUCACUGUUUCCUCCUGCCCAGCAGAGGGCAGCACUUCUGUGCCUACUAGAAAACAACUUGACCAACCCCCAGAUGUGGCUCCAGCCCGCAGGAGGCCAUGAGAAUGGAAGCUGUACCUUUUGAAAUAAAUUGAGUAUUAAAUAGCUGCGUGCAGUUUGUAUUAGAAAGAGAGGAAAGCGCCUGUUGCUAUGCAGGAAGUCUGUCUGGUAGAGCUGCACCAAACCCCUCAACCCCCCCGCCCGGCUGCUGCUGGUGACUACAUGGUAAACUUGGGAUGGCAGUGGUUUUAAUAUUAGUCUUAACUGUGCCUACACCUUAUUUAUCCUACCCCCUUGGCUUAAAUCUUUCCCUUUAAGGAUAAUACCAGUGUAUUGUUUUUUUGUUGUUGUUUUUUUGCUUGUUUUUCCCUCUUGCAUUAUUGCCCAUACAGUUUUCCUGUCUGCAGGUCUGAUCAGUUUCCACCCGGUCCUAUUGUUUUUUAGAAAACCCAUUAACAGAUGACCUGCUGUAGCACUGAAUGCAAUCCAUAAUUUUAAGACACAGAUUAUGUAUGGUUUCCUGAGGAGAUAAGAGGAACCUGCUCAACUCAAAUGUCAGCCAAGACAAAGACAGAAAAAAUGGUGCUUGAAGCAAAAGUACAUCCAAAAAUAGUCAUGAACAGCACCAUAUGUUUCAGCUACAUGCCUACACCAGUGAGGAAGGCAAGACAUAGUGGGAUAUUUUUUAUAAAUUAAUAAAGAAGAAUAUUCAGGACUGUGUUUUUGAGUGCUGACUGGCCCGUUUCCAUAGUACUUUGUGUUCUUUCCAAACAUGACUUGAUGAGGCUCCGUGUGGGUUAGAUAUGUAGGUGUGCUGCUCCCUGCCACAGCUCAAUGUGAAGUGAUCGUUGAGUUUGCAGUAUUUUAACUACAAAACAGCCCACAGUCCUCCAAAAAAAAAAAAAAAAAAAAAAAAGUGGAAACUGCCCCAUGUUAUCAUGAAAAAUGAAAACAAUCGCAUGUUAAACACAAAAAAAUUGCUGUGAUAAGUAAUUUAAAGGAGAAUCCGCAGUCCGCAUGAUGGAUCACAGCUGUUGAUGCAGCAGUUUGUCUGUUGUUAUUGUGGCUUUGAGAACAGCAGGACUUUCAGCAGGUCGAUUAAACCAGCAGUGCAAGAAAUACUAACAGCCUCUUGCAAAUACAUCAGCAGGUUUGGAUGCUUUAACUGACCACUGGAAAAAAAUUAAAUAAAUACCACUGGUAUCAUCUUUUAACCCCACUGUCCCUUUAAACCGUCUCUUCCCGUAACCUGAUAAACCCUAAUCCACACCUUAAGCUGAAGAUUGUAGUUAUUAAAGAUUGUUGAUAUUGAGAUUGUAAACAGUAUGAAGUGUCUGUUUUGUCCCAAGCCUCCCAUUUAGCCACCCAACUCCCCCCCUGGGCUCCUGUGUUUCUGAUUGUACUACUACUGUAACUGUACCGUGCCGAGGAGGCACUAGAUGGCGCUGCAAUGCAAGAAAAUUAGCAUGUCCCAGGCUGCCCUCCUCCUGUAGAUGCUGUUCAUGUUCACGCAAAAGGUCUAUAGAGUAAAUAUAUAUAUAUAUAUAUGAUGCAGUAUAUCCGAGUGGCUGUGUUAUUUUAAUAUUUAACUGUAACAAUGAUGGAUGUUCUGAUUAUUAUUAUUCUGAUUGUUGUUCUUGAGGUUCUUGUGGCACUUUUAGCGAUGGACAGAAGGGUGACGGUGGCUGCUGUACUGUAGAAGUGAGCUUCAGCUGUGCUUUGCCUUCUUCUGUUUUGUUAAUAAAGUUUUUACCCGGGUACUA